AUGCGUUACGUGGCUGCAUACCUGUUAGCUUCCCUCAGUGGAAAAGAACCAUCCAGUGAUGAAAUCGAAAAAGUCCUAAGUUCUGUCGGUAUUGAAUCCGAUUCUUCAAAAGUUAGUCUCGUUAUCAAAGAACUGAAGGGCAAGAAUGUCGAUGAAGUUAUUGAAAGUGGCAGGUCUAAAUUGGCCAGCGUGCCAACUGGUGCCGCAGUAGCAGCAUCCGCUGGAGCUGGAGCAGCAGCACCAGCAGCAGCUGAAGAAAAAGCUCCCAAGAAAGAAGAAAAGAAAGAAGAAUCGGAUAAUGAAUCUGAUGAUGAUAUGGGCUUCGGACUAUUCAACUAA